UCUCUUCCUGCUUAGAAUUGGUCCAAUGUUUUCCGGCUUCCACAUACCUCAGGAAAUUGAGUAAAGAACUCUAUUUAAGCGACUUCAAGUCGGCACGACUCUCUUCGCAUCCAAUGUUAAUGUAGCGCUAUGAGCAAGGGAAGCAGAAGAGGGAACAAGCUGAUGCGGUACAUCAAGGCCCCUUAUCGAGCACUGCUUCGUGCCCGGGACUUGUACGUGAACAGCAUGGCCGGAUGCGCCGGCAGGGCCCAGCGCGGGCCGACGAUCAUCGCGAUGCCACGCGCCCAGAGCCGCAGCUUCCACCGCCCGCAAAUGAGCAGCGGCGAGGACGACAUCAACGAGCUCAUCCGCGCUGCGUCGAGGAGCAGGCUGCGGUCCGUCGAGGGAGCGGCGGUUCCGAGGAGUCACAGCGUGGCGGGGAUGACGAUUGACGAGGACAAGCCAUGCAACUUUGAGGGCGACGUCAAGGUGGCCUUGGGCCCGAGGAGCCGGAGCUGCGACGUCGUCUCCAAGAGGAGGGCGGGGUUUACAACAAACGCCGUAAGCAGCAUCCGAAGCUUCUAAUACCAAGAGUGGAAGCACCAAAUGCAGCAAUUCCAUGUCGUUGUGGUUUCUAUUACUCGUGUUCGUGAACUCGAUUCGAUACUUUCUCUCCUCUUCUUCUCCUGUCAUGUUUCUGUUCACUCGUGAAUGUUUGGGCUGCCUGCUUACCUCAUUCCAUCUACACGAACGGAAUGUUCAUAUGGCAUCUCGGUAUCAUUUCCCUCAAAAUUUGAGCCUACAUUUGAAGCA